UGCGAUCGUUUUCAGUUUUCCUUCCUUUAGUUUUCUUUAGUUUUGGUCAAUGGUUUCAGUCGUUGUCUGAGCAAACACCUGUCCCUUUCUCUUUCCCUUUCCCUCCUCCCGAAAAUGUCGAUGCGGACUCUCCAACAAGUACAAAGCAUAGCCUGCAGUUUGCCUAGCUGCUGCUCGCUGUCUCGAUCAGGCUGGUCGCUGAAUCUGAGUGCUGCCGGUUCUGCCAUCCCAUUCCGCGCCGCCCACGCCUCCGCGGCGUCGCCACCACACGCCGAUUCGUGGCGUCUGCACGAGCGCCUUUCGUCCAGUAAUGCUGGUGCUGCGACUGGUCGGAUGGCGAUCGCGCUGUCGUCGCCGUCGUCGUCGUCGUCGAAUCUCGUCGCCAAGACACGAUGUUCGCUGCUACACGUGCGCCACCUGGGCGUCCCAGCGCGAGGCCUGUGCCAGCUCGCCCAGCUCAGUGCUCGGGCUCAUCCAGUGUCAAUGAUUGUGCCGCCGGCGCUGGCAUGGCAUCGGCGCGGUCUGACCACCCUGACUGGUCGCGCUCCAUCUGCUCAAUCUGCUUCAGGCGCCAGCAACCCUGCACCAAACUCCAGUAGUGACAAUAGCAAUCAUGGCAGCCAGCAGACCGCUCAAGCGCCAGGAAUUUCGCACUUGGUCAAGGAGCGGAGAGCAUUGCUCGCCACGCAGAAGCGCAAUCGCCGGUUUGUCCUGUUUGCGCUCGGCGGACUUGCGCUCGGUGCGUGUGUGUUUUUGGGCAUGUAUGCCUUCCAAGACGUGCUCAUGUUCUACCUGACACCGUCCGAGCUGUUGGAACGAAUGGGAACGCUGAAUGACAAGUCAAGCAUCCGUCUGGGUGGAUUGGUGCUCGAAGGCUCGGUGAAAUUGCCGCCUGCAGCGCCGACCGUCGAGUUUAUCGUGACGGAUUUGAAUGCCGACAUUUUCGUCAAGUUCAACGGGCUGCUUCCUGAUCUCUUCCGCGAAGGCAAGGCGGUGGUCGUCGAGGGCAAGUUUGACAAGAAUGCCGCCACGUUCGUUGCCAGCAACGUAUUAGCAAAGCACGACGAAAACUACAUGCCCAAGGAGGUCGCCGAGGCAUUGGCCAAAAACCGAGAAAACAAGGCCUUGCUCGAUGAGGCCCGCGAAUUGGUUGAGCGCGAGGAGCUUCUUGCAGAUCAACGGCAGCAAGAGAAGGAGCAUUACCACUCGACCCGGCGUUAAGGCCAAGAGGUGGGGGGAUGAACUUUAUGUUUUCUGCUGGUGUGGAUGGCAUGUUCAAUUGUAGCUAUACUUCUAUCGUUUGGAUCCUCGUCAACAACCCUGUCAGAACUUUGAAAG